AUUUACGUUUCGAAAACACACGUGGGAAGAACCACAUGGUUUGACAGAUACUGAGAUAGCUUUUGAGAGGUAUCCCUAGAAAAGACUCAACUUUAAUGAAAAAGAGCGAAGGUGAUGAAGAAAGCCAGAAGUAGGCCAGAAUUGUCCAAACAAGAUCAAAGUGAUGACCCACAAAAGGUUCUUCUUCAAGUGGGUCAAUUGUUGACGGCCCCAGAUCAAGCCGAGAGAAUUUGCCAGGUGUGCAGAAGGAAUAUUCUUGAUCUCGUGUACCGAGCCAAAGAUGUAGUCAAUGAGAUACGGGAUGAGAUAUCUCGUGGUAGACAAAAGCAGGUUUACUGCAUCGCUUUAUCUCGAGUUCUUCAACUUUGUCCUUACGUCAUAGGGUUUGUGGAUAGUUACGUUAGAUCCUGUGACGGAUUCUUCCAUGAAAAAAAUAACUGGGUGCAGCAGUUUAGCCUUGAAUUGAGUAAAGCAACCUUGACCUUGACUCGCAGUCUUCCCAGCAUUCCCUUUGACCUCUCUGCACUUGUGUCGUUUGUGACGGAGGACUCCAUCAAACUUGACCCUGAGGCUCUCUGGAACAUAGUUAGCUCUGUUGGAGAGCUGGUUCGGUUGUCAGGGAAACAGAAGAAAUGUCUGUUACAGCUGAUCUUGUCGUCAAGGGCGACAGAAACUCAGUCAGAGAAUGGGGAAUCCCAGAAAAAGAAAAAGAAGAGCAGUAAGCGUGACCGGGGCGGAGGGUCAGGGAGCAGGGGGACAGCACUGGUGAGACACUGCUGGGACAAGGAGCUGGCCAGGGUCUACACGCCACAGGUGCAGGUUCACAACCAAUCAGCAAUGGCCGCCAGAAUAGGUUCCCUCGCCCCACAGAAAGUGAUGGCGGCCAUGCAGGCCCUGGAUUCCGAGGACGAAUUACUCCACCCUGGGGUGGUCCGUGUGGCUGGCCUCCUGUUGCCACGGCUCCCUAGAUCUCCACAGCGCGACAGUCACUCCAUGGAUUCACCGACUCUUGUCCCUGUUCCCUCAAUGAUGGCCAAUCUACGAAGCCUGACCCUAGCGGUGGCUGCAGGGAGCCCAGUUCUACUGCAAGGCCCAGUGGGCUGUGGGAAGACCAGUCUUGUCCAACACCUGGCCCAGAGGGUGGGCAGGAAUCGGGCACCAGAGUUCAUGAAAAUCCAGCUGGGAGACCAGACAGAUAGCAAGGCCCUCCUGGGUACCUACCACUGUACUGAGGUCCCUGGGGAGUUUGUCUGGCGCCCGGGAAUCCUGACCCGGGCGGUCACUGAGGGGUGCUGGGCGCUGUUAGAGGACAUCGACUACGCCCCAAUGGAUGUGGUCUCCAUUCUCCUGCCCCUCCUAGAGCGGGGGGUGCUAUCAAUACCAGGUCACGGGGAGAAUGUCACUGCCCACCCAGACUUCAGGCUCUUUGCUACCCAGAGGUUGCUGGGGAGCAGCAGUGGCUGGUACAGGCAACAGAGCAGCAGCUCUGUGUUGCUGGAGAAGAUGUGGACCAAGGUGAACAUCCAGCCCCUGUCCAAGGAGGAGCUGAGGGAGGUCAUCAACACCGUAUACCCCCCGCUGUGUACCGUCACCGACCGCCUCCUGGAUAUCUACUUCCUGUUGUCCGCUGGGAAACAUGAAAUAUCCGAUGAAGGAGAGGACGCGCAGACGAGUACUGCUGGGAAGUUCUUGUCCAACGAGGGCCGCCUCAUCUCUACCAGAGAUUUAAUGAACUGGUGCCGGAGAAUUGCGACAGAUUUCCAGAUCCAGGAAACCUCCACAGCCGGUUUGGUGCUACAGGAAGCUCUCGACUGCUUCACUGCAUGUAUCCCCAACACACAGAGACGCAUCCUUGUGGCUCAAGCCAUCGGGGCCAAACUGAACAUAACUCAGGACAGGGCUGAAUACUACUGCAGUAAGUACAAGCCCAGUACAGAGAUCGGCGUUGAGAGAUUCACAGUGGGGCGGGUCAGUCUGGACAGGUGCUUGGUGGACCCCUCCCUCUCUCUCAUCAGGUCCAGGAGCACAUUCUCUUUCACCAGGCAAGCCUCGGCUCUACUGGAGCGUGUUGCUAUGGCAGUGAAGGAAAACGAGCCUGUUCUAUUGGUUGGUGAGACAGGGACCGGAAAAACGUCCAGCGUACAGUUCCUGGCCCAGCAGCUAGGUCAAAAGCUGCGCGUGAUCAACAUGAACCAACAGAGUGACAGCUCGGACCUUCUGGGAGGGUUUAAGCCCAUGGACCUGAAGAUUAUUGUUAAACCAGUGAAGGAGGAGUUUGAGAAUCUGUUCUGUACAACCUUCUCUGCCGCAGAAAACGCCAAGUUCUUGAGUCACAUACAGGAGAAUUACAGCAGGAGUACCUGGAACACCCUUUUCACCCUAAUGGAACAUUCCAUUGAACCAGCGCUAAAACGAGGCAAAGCUGGAAAAAUUCAGCUGGAGCUGUACGACAAAUGGAAAACUCUGAAAACCAGAGUGAAGCAGCUCAAGCUCCAAGUGAAGAGAUCGGAGAACGCCCUGACAUUCUCAUUUAUUGAAGGCACCUUGAUCAGGGCCCUGAAGAAAGGAGACUGGGUGUUACUGGACGAGAUCAAUCUGGCAGCGGCGGAAACCCUGGAGUGUCUGAGUGGACUCCUAGAGAGUACCACAGGCUCAAUAGUACUAACAGAGAGAGGAGACAUCACCCCUAUAGAAAGACAUAAGAACUUCCGUAUCUUUGCCUGUAUGAACCCAGCCACAGAUGUUGGCAAGAAAGACCUGCCCACCGGAGUCAGAAAUAGAUUUACAGAGUUUUACGUGGACGAGUUAGAGGAGGAACAGGACCUGAGUACCCUGGUCAGCGACUACCUCUCCCCCCUCUCCCUGACCCCGCCCCAUAUACAGGGGGUCGUCAAGUUCUACCUGGCGGUCAAGCGAGCGUCCACGGACCGACUGACGGACGGGACUGGACACAAGCCACACUUCAGUCUGAGGACCCUGUGUCGGGCCCUCAGAUACGCCGCCUCCAACCCAUGCGGUCAGGUGUCACGGUCCCUGUAUGAGGGAUUCUGUCUGAGUUUCCUGACCCAGUUAGACCGUGCGUCCCACCCGCUGGUCCAGAACCUGGUGUCCCAGCACAUUGUGGGCCGGUCAAACAUUAAGUCUCUACUGAAGCAGGGCAUACGUGAGCCUCCCGAGGGUGGCUGUCUGCAGUUUGAGGGGUACUGGGUGCCGCAGGGGAGGGAGACCCCCAGUGUGCCCAGUAACUACAUCCUGACCCCCUCGGUCCGCGCUAACCUCAGGGAUCUAGCCCGAGUAGUGUCAGCAGGGAGACACCCAGUGUUGCUGCAAGGAGAGACAUCGGUAGGGAAGACGAGCCUGGUCACAUGGCUGGCCCGGUGCAGCGGUAAUACGUGUGUCCGCGUCAACAACCACGAACACACAGACCUUCAGGAGUACGUGGGGUGCUACUCCGCCGACCAAACCGGACAACUCGUGUUCAGAGAGGGGGUCCUUGUGGAAGCUAUGAGAAAGGGACACUGGAUCAUACUUGAUGAACUCAAUCUGGCUCCAACAGAUGUCUUAGAGGCCCUCAACAGGUUGCUGGAUGACAACCGUGAGCUGUUUAUCCCUGAGACACAACAGACCGUGAAGGCCCACCCCAAGUUCAUGCUGUUUGCCACACAGAACCCCCCAGGUCUCUACGGGGGCCGCAAGAUCUUGUCUCGAGCCUUCAGGAACCGGUUCAUUGAACUCCAUUUUGAUGAGAUCCCGAGCGCUGAGCUGGAGACCAUUCUCCACCAGAGGUGUGACCUUCCCCUGUCCUACGCAAAGCGACUGGUGGCGGCCAUGUUGGAUCUACAGACAAGGAGGAGAGGUUCGGGUGUGUUCGCCGGCAAACAAGGAUUCAUGACUCUCCGUGACCUAUUUAGGUGGGCGGAUAGGUACAAGUGCAAAGAGGUCAAACUGGACAAGAAGUUCUAUGAUUGGGAUCAACACAUGGCUGACCAUGGGUACAUGUUGAUGGCUGGUCGUGUGCGAAAACCGGAGGAAGCUGCCAUUGUACAGGAGGUGAUCGAGAAACAUCUCAAGCGCUCAGUGGACCCUGAUCGACUAUUCACGCUGACCUCGCAAACAUCGCCAACAACCAUUGCCAUCUUGAAGCGAGUAACACAAAAUUUACCUGCGGGAUUUGAGCACAUUGUAUGGACGUACUCCAUGAGACGACUUGCUGUGUUGAUCGGACAUGCUGCGCAGUUCAAAGAACCAGUCUUAUUGGUCGGGGAAACAGGCUGUGGUAAGACGACGAUCUGUCAGCUAUUGGCCAGUCUCCAGGGCAGUGACCUACAUUCCAUCAACUGUCACCUCCACACAGAAAGUGCUGACUUCCUGGGGGGACUGAGACCUUGUAGAUCUUCUCAGGAGGAGGACCCGGACAGCCCCAGGAAGUUGUUUGAGUGGGUAGAUGGUCCCCUAGUCAACGCGAUGAGGAAUGGAGACAUGUUUCUGAUCGACGAGAUUUCAUUGGCUGACGACUCGGUACUGGAGAGAUUGAACAGCGUGCUGGAGCCAGAGCGUACCUUGCUGUUGGCAGAGAAAGGCGGGGAUGGGGGGAGAGAGGUGGAGGCGGUGGUGGGGAAGGAUGGGUUCCAGGUGUUCUCCACCAUGAACCCCGGGGGCGACUUUGGUAAAAAAGAGCUCUCGCCUGCCCUUAGGAACCGCUUCACUGAGAUCUGGUGCCCCACGACCAGUGAGCGUGACGACCUGAUACACAUCAUUGAACACAAUCUGUCGCCGGGCAUUCACCUUGGUAACCAGCAGGACGGGACUAGCGGAGUGGGCCGGGUCAUCAUGGACUUUGUGGACUGGUUCACCAACAACGAACUGGGCAGGAGGUGUGUGGUCAGUAUCAGAGACAUCUUGUCCUGGGUUAACUUCAUCAACACUUGCUCCAUCAAGAUCGAUGCAGACACCAUGGAAACCCAGCCCGGGUACAACCAGUUAGAGCCAGCUGUAGCCCUGAUCCACGGAGCGUGUCUGGUGUUUCUGGAUGGUCUAGGAGCAGGGACUACCAGUAGGGGGCGUGAUACAGAGGUCACGACCCUUAGAUCUACCGCACUUCAGCACCUCCUACAUCUCAUCAACCAGAUGACUCAUCAGUCACAUGACUUGGAAUCUCUCGGCCUAUUGGACAAGAGCAGUGGGGCCCUAGAAGGGGUGGUCAAGCUGACCCCUGAAGCUUUCUGUAUCUGGCCAUACAGUAUAGGGAGAGGUGAUCUGGAGAGCAGUGUGGACAAUAACUACUCCCUGCAGGCCCCCACAACCUGUGUCAAUGCCCAGAGGCUCCUUCGGGGGCUUCAACUACCACGCCCACUUUUGUUGGAGGGAUCACCGGGGGUCGGGAAGACCAGUUUGGUGGCCGCCAUCGCUAAAGCAGCUGGGAGGGAACUAGUUCGCAUCAACUUGUCUGAACAGACUGAUGUGACAGAUCUGUUCGGAGCGGACCUACCAGUGGAGGGGGAGGAGGGGGGCCGGUUUGCCUGGAGAGACGGACCACUUCUGAGGGCUCUUAAAUUGGGUCAUUGGGUCGUGCUGGAUGAGUUGAACCUGGCCUCUCAGUCGGUGUUGGAGGGACUAAACGCCUGUCUGGACCACAGAGCCGAGGUGUUUAUACCAGAGCUAGCCAAGACGUUCCACAUCCAGCACCAGAAGACGCGACUGUUCGCCUGUCAGAACCCGCUAAACCAGGGGGGCGGGCGUAAAGGCCUGCCACGGUCCUUCCUCAACCGAUUCACUCAGGUUUACAUAGAACCCUUGACCUUCAAUGAUCUGCUAUUUAUAGCUCAGAGGAUGUUUCCACAGUUACCAUCAGACACUUUGUCAAAAAUGGUCACAUUUAACAUAAAGAUGGAACAGGAGACGGUGGAGGGGCGGUGGGGCCAGAGAGGGGGACCCUGGGAGUUCAACCUCCGCGACCUGUUCAGGUGGUGUGAACUACUGCUCAGUGAACAAAAGGUGACAGGUGACCUUGACCCUGGUCAGUUUGUGGGUCUGCUGUACAGGGACAGAAUGAGGACAUUGGAGGACAAACAGAGGGUCCUGGACUUGUACGAUAGAGUUUUCUCCCCUGAUCGGCCCGCCUAUACCUCCACCAGAGAGGUGGUCCUCACUGACUCCUACCUACAUGUGGGUCACUCCCGCCUCCCCCGGGCCGACCUCCAAACCCCUGGCCCCAGGGGUGGGGGCAGGAAGCCACUGUACCUCCUGCACCACUCUCUGGAACCGCUGGAGUCGGUGAUGAAGGUUGUUGAGCAGGCCUGGAUGAGCAUCAUCGUUGGAGGUCAGUCCAGUGGAAAAUCCACCAUAGUGCAGAUUCUGUCACAGUUGACCGGAAACAAACUCCAUGUCCUAGCAACAAACAGCGCCAUGGAUACCACCGAACUGCUGGGAGGUUUUGAACAGGCAGACAAAAAAAGACAUGUAGAGGAAUAUGCUCUGGAAAUGGAUGAGGUCAUGACCUCUUUAUUGAAUGGUCUCCUUGGUAACCCAUGUGACCAGACUGGUGAGAGGUCACAGAGUCAGAAGUGGGAGGAGAGGAGAGGGGAGGCACAGAGGCUGGCCCGGGUUUGGGGGGAGUAUAAACAGCUGCAGGGAAAGUACACAGGUAAACAUCUGACCUCUACAGAGGAAGCUGUCCGGCUCCAGGAGAAGGUAGACGCCCUGGAGAAAACAUUUCAUGUCAUUCAACCCAAGUCAGCACAACUAGGGGAGGCCUUUGACAGACUACAGCAGAGGAGAUCCAAGGCUCUGAUUGGUCUGGAGGAAUGGAAGGCGGGGCAAGGGGCGGGGACUUUUGAGUGGAUUGACAGCUUGUUGGUCCAGGCUCUACAGAAUGGGGAGUGGCUGAUGAUUGACAAUGUCAACUUCUGCAAUGCCUCGGUGUUAGAUCGACUGAAUGCCUUACUGGAGCCAAAUGGAGUGUUGUCCAUCAAUGAGAGAGGGGUCAUCGACGGGGAAAUCCCCAGCAUCAAGCCUCACCCUCAGUUCAGACUGUUUUUGACCAUGGAUCCCAAGUUUGGUGAAAUCUCCAGGGCCAUGAGGAACAGAGGGGUGGAGAUCUAUAUCCCGGGGGAGGAUGAAGGCAAUCCUUAUUCACAACAGGACAUGAGGAAGAUGCUUCAUGGGAUUGGUGUGGAAUGUAAGAAGGUUUCUGAUUGGCUGAUAUCUCUGUAUGUAAGCCUGCGAGAUAUCUUACCCAGGGGAGAGAGGCCUCACUUUCUACAGCUGAUACAGAGUGGAGUGAUCUCGGUCCAGCAGACAGACCGCGGGGCCCCCAGGGGGGAAGCGGUACGAUGGGCCGCCCAGGAGGUGUUUGUAAAGAGUGUCAACAACUUGGCCUCCAGAAAGAGAGUAAUGGCCUUGUUGGAGGACCACUCCCAGCGCUGUGACCUUGACCUCCAGCAACAGGAAGUAGUGCCUCUGAGUCCGGUGUUGGACUUUGUGAGGGACACGUUUGCUGCAGACCUACAUCAGCACUUGGCCCUGGUCCAACACAUCUUACAGGGCUGGAUCUACAGCCCAUCCCCUAUGGAGAAAGACAUUGGAUCACAUGACAUAUCAUGUGACCUUUAUUCCUGGCAGAGCCUGCUGUCGGCCUGUGUCCUGUACAUGGACCUCUCCACGCCUGACUGCCUGGCUCUCCGCGCUCUACUGCUCACACAGUUGUUGGAGAACCACAGAACAGCCGCAGUGUUACAAAGGUCAAGGUCAUCUCCGGAAAUGGAGGUCAUUAAAGGUCAUCUUCAGAUGGUUGAGAGGGUGAUGAGUCAGAUGUUUGAAGAUGUGAAGUGUUUUGUUCUGAAGAGAUAUGAAGAGGAUGCUAGAGAACAAGCCAUUGUCAGACAACUCUACAUGGACCCGUGGAACGCCCCUCAGGUCCUGAGGUCAGUGGGUCAGGGGUUCCAGCAGGCUGUCAACAUGUACAUUAUGGUGACCAGAGUCAGUAGAACACUGUCUGAGGGAGAGGACCACACCCACAGUCUGAGGCAGUUCCUGGAGGGAGGGCGUGGUAGGAAUGUGGACAUUGACUAUCAGACCCUGGAGGGUUUGAUGUGUGACCUACUUUCCCGGGAACCAAUCCUACAACAUCUCUGUCACACAGACCACUGCCACAGCCUAGAGCUCACAGUCAGGGUUUUGGACAAUGUUUGUUGGAUUGCCAGGAUGAGAGAAGCUUUGGUAACAUACACACUUGACCUUGACAUCAACAAGGUCAUUCUCUUUUACUCCUGGGUCAAGGACAAGCUACAGGCAGUAAUGAAAGACAGGUUUGUUCAGUGUUUCCCUCACCUGUAUCGGGCUGGGGAAUCCCUGAUGACAGACUUCCAGGAGGCAGAGUCCUACAACAAGUUCCGGGAUUCCCUGGGACACCCCCCUCCUUACAGAGAUCAAAGAGAGGCUGAGGCUAAGCUGUCCAUGAAUGAACUGUGUAGACAGAUGGACAUCCAUAGAGAGGCUACUGACCUCACUCGGAAGUACAGAAUUCAGCUAAAUAUAGAUCACAGGGAAUACCUGGUGUCUGUGUUGCUGAAGGCUAUGAAGGAGGCAGAACAGGGUAGUGAACCAGUGGAUGUGAAAGAGGUUAGGGCACUUCUACAGCAGUAUAACCUCAUGAAAGUAGAAGAGAAUCCAUCUCUCAUCUCUCGUAUGGAAACCGACCAAUCAGAGAGUACUGCUCUCCUAAAAUCAAACCAAUCAGAUUCCUUGAAACAUGUUGACCUUUGGCCUCUUUCUGAUCACAUAGCAGUACUGUCUGAAAUGAGACUGGUCAAUAAGAUGAUGGCGUCGUCUGACAAAUGUAACACAGAAGAGGUUGGGGCUCUCGUUGACUUUGGAGCCCAGUUUACACCGCUUUCUCCAUCAGCUCUGAAAUCAUUGAAACAACUGAAUGAGGAUAAAACAAAAGAGGAGGUGAGGGACCGCCUCUGUGUGGUGCUGAGUGACCUCUACCACCAACUGUGGACCAACACGGCUGCUACCAACCUCAGCUGGUGGCUUAACUGGUCCCCUACAUCUCCCAUAGAGACCACCAGUACAGAGAGGGCUGAACAGAGCUGGGGCCCUGCAAGUCUUGUCAAAACAGUGGUGUCUCAAACCGCCUACCACCUGACCUGUGGGAGAACCACUGAGCCGCUUCACCUGUUGCUGGAUAAACCACUUCCUAUGGAGGUCCCCCUGGGAGACUACAGGGGCAGGCUUCACAGACUACAGACUCUGUCCCAAUACAUCUGGUGUCAUGGACCGGUUCUCUGUAGCAGGAACUCCAACACAAGGGAACUAAUGAGGCAGCACAUUGUCCACCUGUUUGUGUCAAUGCUGCAGUCCAUUGGGAAAAUGUUCAGAAAUCAGGAUGCUCGAGAUCUGUACCAUCAGCAUGUGUCAGAGUUUGUGAUCUGUCUCCAAAACAAAGGCUCAAACAGUGAGAGAACGGUUCUUACACUGACAGAGGCAGUGUCUGAGGUGCUUCAAUCAGAGCUUUUUAUAGUGAAGGAGUGUUUGAAUGGAGUGCUUGAAUUAUCUGGCCCUUCAGUGGCUGAUCUACAGACUGUAGGCCGUGUGUGGGUGUAUGUGGGACUGCUGGGUAUGAUUCUACACAGACCGAGGUCUCCCGUCGACCCUGUGCUCAAAUCACAGAUGAAGCUGCAGCUGAAACAGAGGGAGUUAGAGGAGAUAAAUCGCGAGCUUGAGGUCAAGGUCAUCUAUCACCGACAGAUAACAGGUCUAGAGCUCCUAGCCCGCCCAGCCCACCUACAGCACCCCCUGAUCCUCCACCUGAUGGACAGGCGAGAGAAACUACAGAGAAAGAUAAAGGUCUUACAGUCCCAGCAGGCAUACAGACCACACACCUGUCAGUAUAAACAGCUUUUAAGCAUCAUAAAAGACUUUAUGGAUACCAAAGGAUCUGUCAGCCAUACCAAGUACUUGAUGGAGAAGCUGCAGGAGGCAUGCACAACAGGCCGAAUAGCCAAUCAGAUUGCAGAAGAGAGGACUUGGCAGAAAACUCAUCAGCGAUUGGUCGGUUGUCUGGAGGAGGAGUUUCCUCUGUAUAGAGAUAUCACCACCCCCUUUAUCGUGGCCACUCAGCAGGUGCGAUGUGGAGUGCGGCUGAUCGCUAACCGUGCCAUGGAGGUGAACAUGGCUUUACAGAUGACCGAGAGACUGAGGAUCCCCCCUCAGAUUCAGGGGAUGGAGUCCUCUAUGAGGCGAGCGGCAAGACUGCUUGGGGCAUUCCCCUUCAUCUCCACAGAGAUAAGCAGCAGUCUAAGGCUUGCACAGAAAGUCCUGUCUGUAGAAAGACUGGUGUCUGAGGGACAGGGGGAGGAGAGUCAAGCCCACCACACCUCCAGGCUUUACUUUGGGGUCCUGUUCCUUCUAAGAAACUCUGCCCUGAUGAGGAAAGAACUGAACCAUGAGACUCUGAAAUCGCUGAACCAAAUCCUUGGUCGCUUCGUGUUGUCAUGGAGACAGCAGGAGGAGCUGAGAUCUCAGAAAGAGGCUGAGGACAGUCUGUACAAGUACAGGACAAAGGUGCAUGGUGACGAACGUGACAACGACGCCAUCGAGGAGGACGAGUUCAGGGAAACAUUCCCUUCGUUCCAACAGGACUUUCAAGACUUGGUGGCACCUACCUCCCUGGAAGAUAAUCCAGUAGAUAAUCCAGUAGAUAAUCCGGUAGAUAAUCCUGCAGAGAUUGACCUUCCCCACAAAGUGACUGACACAGAGAUGACAGCUGUAUGCCACACCCAUCAGCUGCUCUUCUCAACUCUCACCUCUUCUGAUUGGUUAAAACAGAGUCAUGUGACAGAUAUCACAACCCAGGAGGUCAUACAGCCUUCAUUACUCUGUUACAGUGUUGCUGCACCUUGGUUUGAUGGCCAGUGGGACUUAGCUGAAGAGGAGUCAAAAACAUUAGGAAGCCAUCUUCUGGCUAGUCACUUCCUCCAAGAGGAGAUAACUCCAAGGUGUGAUCCCCAGAGUGAGGCUGGAUUGCCCCAGGGCUACGAUGUUUACAGGGAUGCCAACUUCUCUGAGGUCAUCAAGUGUGUACCUGUUUUACAUAGACUGAUGGACAGAGUGAGAGAACUGAGAGAGGAGUGGCCAGAUCACCCCACACUAACACAGCUGACACAGUUAGUAGACAGGAUCCUGUCAUUUCCUGUUACUUCCCCUGUCAUCAAAUUCCUGACUGGUCUAGAGCUACUGCUAGAAAAAGCACAGGAGUGGGAGAGCAAUGCAGCGAGACAUGUUUCUAUGGCAACACAGCUUGGCGAGGUCUCUGCUCAAAUUCUAGAGUGGAGAAAGCUUGAGCUCAGCUGCUGGAGACAGUGUUUGGACAAUGUGUUCCUGAAACAGUCGUCCAGGGCCAGCAAAUGGUGGUUCCAUGUCUACCGACUGACCCAGUCAGCCUGUGUCCAGGAUGAGUCUGAGAAAGACGAUGAAGAUGAGGUCAGCUUUGCUGAGGUCCCGCAGGCUCUAAAGGAGUUCCUAGAGAGGUCCUCCCUGGGUGAAUUUGAGGCACGCCUGGGGAUACUGAGGUCCUUCCACUGCCAUGCUAUGUACUUAGGUACAGAAGACAGUGUGGACAGGAAGCCUGCUUACCAAGAUCAGAUGAUGAAGUUACUGUGGAAUCUCCAUCAGUUCUAUAGCCAGUUCCUGCCAAUGGUCAGAGAGAAAAUCCAGCGUCUGCGACAGCCAAUUGAAAAGGAGCUGAAGGGUUUUGUAAAAAUAGCUCGCUGGACAGACAUGAACUACUGGGCUUUGAAGCAGACGACAGAGAAAACCCAUAGGGCCCUGCAUAAACAGAUGAAGGCUUUCCAGGCUGUAUUGGACGAGCCAGUGCAGGGUAUUCUAGCGGACCCUGACCUUGGCCUAGAUUCUACAGGUCAUCCAGAGGUCACAUUUUCCUGGGGGGAGGCCUACACAACAUCCGUCCAGACGCUGGCCUCCCUCAAAGUAGCUGGUGUGGUUCCUCACACAGAUUUACCAGCCCCUGGUAAUGGCAGUCUCUCAAGCAGGCUUGGUCAGCUGUCUGUAAAAAUGUGUAAACACUGGAAGUCAUUGACCGACCGACUCGAGUACCACAAACUCAUUGUCAGACUCGACGAGUUCACAGGAGAAGUAAUUGAGUCUGUUCAUGAUCUUCAACAUCUGGACGUCUCACAGAACACAGACAAAGAGAAGCAGAAAUCUGAGGCCAAACACAUAGGACAAAAAAAGAGGAAAGCCCUCAGUGAUCUCUUCAAGGAACUGACACAGCUUGGUCUGUCCUACAGGAAGGGGCUGCUGUGUGACACUGAGAGUGACCUCCCUUUGUUAGUACCACCACUAGAUGUCUCUGUCUGCUCCGAUAGAUUUACAGCAAGCCGUGACAGUAUGGUUGACAUAGGAAAGAGUUGCCAUGACUACUACUACAAGUGUGUGGCCAGGAAAGCCAAGUUUGCCUCGGCGCUUCAAUCCCCAUCCAAGGAGCUUGGAGUGGGUAACUUGGAGCGCUGUAGAGGAUUCACCAAUCACCUGAUGAGUCUACUGGUGGACCAGUACACGGCCACAGCCGAGGUCCAUCGGGCCUUCCUCACAAUCAGCUCCAUGUCAAAUGUUUUACAUGAUCUCUGUGCAACUGAUGGAACAGCCCCACCCCCGCAGAAAUCAACAAGGGAGUGUGUGGACUCGCUGUCCUCUCUCCUGGUCAGUCUGAAGGAGGGGCUCACUCAGGUCAAGGUCACUCUACAGUGUUGCCCCCGUCAACAGGAAAAAACAACCCACUAUCCGUCUCCUUUUCCUAGACAUCAGUUGUCUGGUGCAGCACUAAUGACUCACGGAGACGAGAAAUGGACAGACUGCUCGGCCAAAAUUCAGGCUCUACAAGAGAAGACUAGCGAGCUGUAUGACAGGACGUUUCCUCUCUCCAAGAAACCAUUGAUUACAUGGAACGACUGCGACAAUAUGCACUCAGUGUACAAAGACUUAUUGGAAGGAGUGGUCAGUCUGACAGAGAUAGAAGAACUCUUUUGUGAUAGAGGAGAGAAAUGUCUUCCAUCAUUUAUGGAUACUGUAAGGUACAUGAGACAGGAAGUGGAGGUCAAAAGUCAACAGUUCACAGGGUGGUUCAACGCCAGCAGACAUCAAAUGACUGAGGAGUUAUCCUAUAUGGAGAAAAAACACAAGACCAGGCGUGGUAGAAUCCGAUCAAUGAAAUCACAAGUUGAUGAAGAGGGAGCUGGGAACAAGCCGGAGACAUACCAGGGGAGGGUGGAGAGUCUGAUUGCAGCCCUGUUACUGAGUGUACAAACCCUCACAAAGAGUCACCCCACCUCUAACUCUGGAGGAGGUCAGGGUAAAAGGAGUCAUUCCAUCCCUGGAGAUGAGGAUAUUGAGGAAGGUGAGACAAUGUUGGAGGGCCAUCUAGUGGCUCAUGUCUAUGAGAAAUUAAAGGGGGAUAAGCAGUGUCUAGAACUCAACAAGAUUACUCAGUCCCUUCAGAGCUUGAUCACUGAAGUCCUUGACCUCACUGAAAGUGGUUCAAGGUCAGAUGUGCUGACCCUUGUCCAGAUUCUGGGGCAGUGUCAGGCAUUAGUACAACAGUACCGAGUGAUGUUGGAGUACUACCUGCUGCAGUACUUGGCCGAGAUUCGGGUCACUGGGAAACUCCUCUCUGUCCUCCUGGCCGUCUUCACUGAACUCACCUCCAAGGGUUUCUGUGUCCCGGCCGAGUUUGAAGAUGAGGUGGCGGGAGAAGGAGCCACAGAUUUUGAGGAUAUUGAGGGUGGAGGACUUGGUCAAGGUGAAGGGGUCAAGGACGUUAGUGACCAGAUUGAAAAUGAGGACCAGCUGGAUGAGGCCAGGAAAGCAGGAGAAGAUUCCAAAGAGGACCCGGCCCAGCAGCCCGAUGUCAGGUCUGAGGAGAACGCCAUCGAGAUGUCGGACGACUUUGAGGGCAGAGUUCAGGACCUAGAGGCAGCGGACCAGGAGGAAAGGUCGGAUGGAGAGGAAGAGAGGGAGGAGGAAUUGGAUAAACAGAUGGGAGAAGUGGACGGGGAUGACACAGAUAAGCUGGAUGAACAGAUGUGGGGCAGUGAUGAGGAACAGGGAGAGGAGCAGGGGGAUAAAGAGGAAUUCGGUCCUGGAUCACAACAAGAAGAAAGAAGUGAAUUGGUUGCCAAGGAUGACAAUCCAGACAAAUCCGAGUCAGGUGAUAAGCCAGAGAAGCAGACGACAGAUGAAAACGAGGCUGAGGAAGAUGAGGACAAGCAGACUUCCAGAGAACAGGAACAAAUUGAUGAGUCAGAGUAUGAUGAUGACAGAAUUGACCCUCACCAUGGCAGCCAGGAGCCAGAGGAAGCCCCUGACAACAUGGACCUCCCCGAUGAUCUGAAGCUGGAUGAGGAAGAGGCUGGGGUCACAGAGGAGGAACAAGGUCAAGAUGAGACACCCACAGAACCCCCUGGUGGUGACACAGAGAUGCCAGACGACAAGGGAGAUAACAAUGAUCCAGGACAGAUGGAGGAGGAGGAGGAGGAGGAAACUCUCCCAGAAGUUGAGCAAGACCUAUCUGAAGAAAAGGACACCCAGUCAAAAGAAGAACCAGAUAAGGGUCAGGAGACCAGAUCUGAGGAUGGAGAGGGGGAUCCAGGAUUUUCUGCCCAGCAGAAUGAUGCUCCAGAAAUCAAUGAGGCGGAACAGGACGAAAGUCCGGCCGAUACUGACGACAAACCUCAGGCCACAGAGAAUUAUGGGAAGACUUCUCACAGUUCAGAGGAUGUGGAGCACUCAGAGUCAGCCCAGGAUCAGGGCGGAGAGGCGGACAAUGAACAGAAAGAGAGUGAUGGGACAGGCACGUCUAAUUCAGAGGUACAGGAGGGUCACGAAGGUCAAAAUUCAAAGGUUGCUCCAUCAUCAUCCAGCCAAGCCCAGAAACCUGCUAAAAGAAAAGCUGGGCAGUCGAGUGAAGACAGAAGUCUAGGAUCCAGGGAAAACCAGUUUAAAAAACUGAAAACCAUCGAAGAGUCUUCAUCCAAAGAACAGGAUGAAGAAAAGGAUGAAUCGACAAAGAAGGAAUCGCAGCUGUAUGAACACAUCAAGGAUGCCACGUCAACACAUGAUGCUCAGGUGAUAGACGUUGCCACAGAGAUCCAGCAGGUGGAGCAAGCCAUGCCAGACUCGGGGGCAGAUCAAGAGAGUGGAGAGGUGGAAGAUGACAGCGAUGAUGUGGAGAUGAAGGAGGAAGAGAAAACAGAGGAUAUAGUAGAUAAGCUAUCAUCAUUGACAAACUCUAAAGAAAAACAAAAAAAGAAAGUGGAGGGAAUGAAAGAAGAAGAGACGGAAGAAAACUUGAAGGAGGCGGUGAAGUAUCAGACGGAGGGUGUUGCCAUGGAGACACUAGGGGCUGCUCGGGGACCAGAGUCUACAAUUCACACCUCACUGGAGAACCUUCACCUCGAUGUCAAGGGUUCUGACUUAGAAAGACUGAGAUCUGAGUUAGAGGAACACUUGUCCUCAUUUUGUAACGUGGACAAUCCAACUCCAGAGGCGGAGGCGCUAGCGUCAGAGGCGUGGCACCAGUAUGAGGCUCUGACCUCCGCCCUGUCCCAGGAGCUCUGUGAACAACUAAGGCUGGUCCUGGAACCCUCCCAGGCCACCAAACUCAGGGGAGACUACAGAACAGGGAAAAGGCUGAACAUGAGGAAGGUGAUUCCGUAUAUCGCCAGUCAGUUCCGCAAGGACAAGAUCUGGCUCCGUCGCACCAAACCCAGCAAGCGACAGUACCAGAUCAUGCUGGCCAUAGACGACUCCUCUAGCAUGGUGGACAACCACUCCAAACAGCUGGCCUAUGAAUCCCUAGCAUUGAUAUCUAAUGCUUUGACCUUAUUAGAAGCUGGGGAGCUCUGUAUUUGCAGUUUCGGUGAAUCGGUUCGUGUUCUACACCCGUUCAAUGAACAGUUCAGCAGUCACUCGGGGUCCAGGCUCCUACAGCAGUUCACAUUUGAACAGAAGAAAACAAAAGUAGCCCAGCUUUUGAAGAAAGCUACGUCAAUCAUGAUGGAUGCUCGCUCAAAGCAGCGAGGCAUGAUGGGAAAUCCAGAGACCUCACAGCUGUUGUUGAUUGUGUCAGAUGGGCGUGGCUUGUUUAGCGAGGGGAUGGAGACAGUGAAGUCGGCCAUCCGACAGGCGAGGGAGGCCAACGUGUUUCUGGUGUUUGUUGUCAUAGAUAAUCCACAGAACAAGGACUCCAUAUUGGAUAUCAAGGUCCCAGUAUUUAAGAGUGGAAACCAGUUGCCAGAAAUCAAGCCUUACAUGGAUUAUUUCCCUUUUCCAUUCUACAUCAUCCUGCGAGACAUUAACUCUCUGCCUCACGUGUUAUGUGACGCUUUACGUCAGUGGUUUGAACUGGUGACAGCGGUGGAUAUGUGACCUUUGUGACUGAUUUAUGUGUGAUCUGUUAACUGUUAUGGGAUGCUUGAAUGCUGAAUCAGUGGUUCAAACUGGUGGUGUGUUACAUGUAUGUGGUAGUUUAAACUGGUGACAUUGAUGUGUUAACAUUGUGACAUACUACAUUACAGUGUUACAUUACUAUGUCAUGCUAUGUGGGGUGUUUGAGCCGGAUUCAGUUGUUAGUAGAGCUGUGAAAUCCUAUGUCAGGCUUCAUGGCACUGGUUUGAGAAGUUGAUGGAAGUAAAAUGAUUUUCCAUGCAUUUUUUAUGAUUUCUUCAAACAUUUAACCUCAUUUUGAAAUAUUUGGAUGACAUUUUGCAGUCAUCUUGAUAGAUGUGUGUUUUGUUGAUAACAUAAAUUGAAAAUUCAGAAGAAGCUUCUGUAUGUAACCAUGGAUACAGAGAAGUGUACACAGAAAGCGGAGACUAUUUAUGCUGUAUUGAACUUGUUAACCUCUGUGCAUCCUGAGACUGUAUAGGAUUUUGACCCACAGCACAUACUGUGAUACAUAAUUAAAAAUGAUUAACUGAUUGUUACUUAGUUCACUUCAAGGAAAGGAUUGGUAAUAGUUUAUGACAAUGUUGAUUGUUUAAGUUUGUCAUUGCUUUUAAAUGAUGCUGACAGGAAGAUAUGUUACAUUGAGGCUCUUUACAUGUACCAAUAAAAUUAUAUAAAUAUCG